CCGGUCUCCUAGGAUCCCGCUGGGAGCCGAGCCGAGCCGAAUAGAGAAUAAACCUCGAAAGGUGUAGGUUGCAUUUUAGUGAGAGACCACCGAAUGUGCCCGGGUGGGUGUUAAAAUCCAGCGGCAACGUGCCCCGCAACAACCAGCUCACCAAAGCCCCCAACAAUCCCCAAGUAUCUCAACAAAAUAGCCCAUCGUUGUGCAUUAAUUUCCCAUUGUGCCAUGAGUGUCUCUCGUUGGGGCAUUUAAACGAAUAAAUUAUUCUCAUAAACACAUAUGUCGUGAGGGCCUGGGACAUUGUCAUCGAAGAGUGCCACCCAGUCUCGAGGCAUUUGUUGCGACGACUGUUGACUCGUUAAACAAAAAUUGUCACAUUUUUCUCUCGACAUUUUUCCUUCUGUUGAGAUAUCGAACGUCGAGUGGGACGUUAGUGCUGGGUGUUGCGAGCAUACGCCUCGAGGAAGCGUUUACGGUUGGGCUUUCACAACCACCAAAUGUGCCUGACUCUUGUGUUUAUUUGUCGAAUAAAUAGUACAGAUGAGUGUGAAAAAAAAAUCAGUGACAGCCAUGGAUAUUGACUGUCCAAUUGUUAGUCUCAAACGUUCUAGUAGUGCUCCUAUGAUUAAUGAAAUCAGUGCCACUAUGUCCGUCAGCUCACCUUCCACAUCUGCGCCGAGGGACGCGGUAGCAACAUUCAACAUAUUCUCCAAUACACCGAGAACGAGACGAUUCAGCACAAGUAGUCCAGGAAGUGCCCCAAGACUGACACCACGUGUGAAUCAACUGAAGCAGGAGGAGUGUCUGGAUGUUGCUGGUCGUGAGGCAGCCCACGAGAAGGAGAUUCACAGUGCAAUGCAGAUAUCCCAGUCCUGGGAGGACUUGACACUCGAAGCUGAGGGAUUAUCGUUCAAGGACUCUGAAUCACCGACACAACAGUUGAAUAAAAUGGAGAGGCAGAUAACGAAACGAGUGUUCGAUCCACUCAAUCUGAAUUUACCUGUGGGUGGGGGUCCUCCAUUGUGCUCGUCUCCAUCGCCCACGAGGUCGCAUCUGGGUCAGCGCCAGUGCUAUUCACCUGGUUUGCACAUGGUCAAUUGGAAGACUAAUUUAUCACCGAGUCCAACGAGAAAGGCUUUUGCUACUAGGCGCAGUUUGAGCCCCAUUGCUAUUCGACCGAGUUGUCUGGGACCUGUUAAGAGGAAGUUCGAGCUUGAUGACAGCAAUGGGGAUCAGCUGCUUCAACCUCCAGUCAAACGGACGUCUACCUUAGUUUUGUCGAGCUCACCGAGGUUGUCAAGUCCACUUUCAGGGACAAUAAGCUCGGUGGGAACGCCCGAGUCGUUGUGCAGCGUCGACUCGCCAGGGUUUUCAUUUCGUCCAGUUGACAGUCCAUCCCCCAGUCGAGUGAUAACGAACGGGGAUGAGCCGAUGAACGAAGGCAACGAUCUGAUUAAAACAACCGGUCAGAUUCAGGCGAAUCAGGUUGGCCAGUGCAAUCACAGGUGAACUGCUUCCUUAGAGCAAUAAAUUAUCGUUACCCCAUCGAUAUUCAACCGAAAUGAAACUUGAAUUAAUAGGAUACUUCGUCAUAGUUGUCUUUACUUAGUGCGUAUUAAAUCAAUUAAUUAAUGCUGAUUGCUACUUGCCCAAAGGUGCCAGAAAAACGCAGAAUUUCCUUAUUGUGUGUGAAGAAAAUUCAAUAGAAGGUCCUAGGUUGGGGUUUUGCGUGAAAUUUACUUCAUGAAGAAUGAAAUAACGAAAAUGUCUUAAUUUAAUUUAAUGAGUAUUAAUUCCUUUAAUUUACUUUAAAAAAUUGCAGUUGGCUUUUUAAACUGUUGAUGUGAAAUCCUUAGUUUCACAUCAUUCGGUUCUCAUUGAAAACAGAAUAAUUUAAAAUUAAGAAGGUGAAAAUAUGGAAAUAGUGGAUUCGUAUCUUCGACAAGAACAUUAUGAUGGCUUGAUUUUUCAUUGUUUUCCAAAUCAAAAGAUACGAAUGCAGUAUUUUUUAUUUCACUCGGCUAACUUUGAUCAUUUUCGACACUUCGAUCAUUUUUUACAAUAAAAAAUAAUAUGCAAAAGCCCCUUUUCAUUGAAUUUUGGAUCAGAAAUGUUCGUUGGAAGCAAAAUUGGAGAGAAAAUCCCAAUUCUCCGGGUUAAAAAAUAGGAUUAACAAUUAAUGUUUUCAAUUUUCGGGUUAAAAAUGAACUAUUAAAAUUUAAGUUAAUUCCACGUCUCAUCAACGAAUUACUUACUUCUUAAAUUUACUAAACACAAUUGCAAUUUUCUUUUUAAACGGUUGAUGAGAAAUCUUUUUAUUAUCACAAAUGAAAACAGAAUGGGAAAUAUUGAAUACGUAUUAUUAACAAGAUCGUCGUGACAUCUUGAUUUUCCACAGCAAAAAAAAAAUUGGUCUAAUAUAUUUCCCUGCGUUUAUUAUAAUUAACCAUCGAGUGGUCGCGCUAUGAGCAAAGCGCAGUCCUUUUCAUUUGUUUCAUGACAACUGCGAAAAUAUCGAUAAUCACGAAAUGCCCAUUUAGGAGUUUCUCAAAUAAUCUGUCCUCGUGGCGUUAAAUGCGGUUUUAUUGUUCUGCGGUCACCAAAUCUUCUGUUCUUAAUUUUUCAAUGAAGGGCGGUCAGAAAAAAACGCCGCUGCGCUCGUUGCGCGGCCAGAGUCGUAGUAGAAAUUCGACGAGCGACGUUGCCAGCACUCGUGCUGUUCCCAGCUGGCAGAUGACGAAUCGUUGUGGCAACGUCGCGCUCGAAAAUACGGACGGCGCAGCGCUUUACCGCGCGACCACUCGAGGGUUGAACAGAAAAUGCGAAACCCCAAUUUCAUUGAGUUUUCGAUGAGAAAUAUUCAAAAGAAAAAAAAUUGGAGGAAAGUUCAGUAUUUUUUGUGGACAUCUGACUAAUUUUCCAGGUUUUCUUCCAAAAAUUGUUAAUACAAGACAUUAAGAAAAUACAAUAGAAUCAAUUUCAUAGGGCCCGACGGCCUGGCGCUCUGGGUAAGGCGUUGCCUCACGGGCACAAGGUUCCGAAUUCAAAUCCCGGUCGGGUGGAAUGGUGAGAUCUAACCAUUUUAAAGUCUUGAUCAUCAUCGCAAUAUACUCAACCGAGUCGAAACGAUCUAAAAUAGGGGAGGGUCGGGCAAAAUGGGACGUAUUGAGAUCUUUUCCAGUUGUCAAUAUCUUCACUUAUAAAUGAAGAUAUUCCUAUCCUAUUUACCAAAGAUGAACGAAACGUGAAGUUGUUUUAUAUCGAAAUAUCUCGAAACUGCCUGACCGC